CAAUAUCUGUAAAGCACCUCCUUCCGUCGCCUUAAGUCUGCUUGAUAACCUCACCUCCUCAAACCACCAGUUACUCUCUCACUGGAGAGAAAACACCGACGGUUCCAGCUAUCACAUCGGAGGAUUUGCGCGAGCAGUAGACGGUUUCACAGAUGUACAGUUCUGUUAGGCAAAACAGGAUGAAGCCAUUAUGGAACAAAUAAAACUGGCUUUGGGGGAAACAAUCUCAUAUUGGAAAAUUCUUCUUUACCACCACGCUGGAGUUUAAUUGCUAGCCCCAGCAAGACUUUCUCACAUUAGCCAACACACUUUUAAAGAGCAACUACAGAAAACCGAAAACAAAUAAAAAUCUGUUUGCUUGUAGCUAACUAAUAGCAAUGGAAAGGUCUCAUCCGAACAACAGCUCUAAGGCUUGGUUAUUAGAAGAUUCACUCUGGGACCAGGAAGAGUGUCCAACAUCCCUCAGCAGUACAACUUUCCUCAUCAUUGCUUACAGCGCAAUGCUAGCUGUGGGCUUAGUGGGCAACACUUGCCUAGUCUUAGUAAUCACACGACAGAAAGAGAUGCGUAACGUGACCAACAUUUUCAUCGUAAACCUCUCGUGCGCCGACAUCCUUGUUUGCCUGGUGUGUUUGCCAGUCACCAUUAUCUACACUCUUAUGGAUCGAUGGAUUUUGGGUGAAACUUUGUGCAAGGCGACGCCAUUUGUCCAGUGUAUGUCUGUGACGGUUUCAAUCUUCUCAAUGGUUCUCAUCGCCCUGGAGAGACACCAACUCAUCAUUCACCCCACUGGAUGGAAGCCCGUCGUCCGACACUCUUAUCUGGCUGUAGCGCUUAUCUGGAUUAUAGCGAUUUUUAUCUCCCUUCCCUUCCUUUCGUUUCAAGUCCUCACAAUCUCGCCCCUGCACAACCUCAGUCCUCAGUUCAACCCCUUCAGUGAUCAGUUUAUCUGUAUCGAGCAGUGGCCGUCUGGCGGUUAUAGGCUAGUUUAUACUACGUCGCUACUGCUUUUCCAGUACUGUCUACCGUUAGCGCUCAUUCUAGUGUGCUACGUCCGAAUAUUCCUGCGCCUCAGUCACCGCAAAGACAUGGUUGAGAGAGCUCGAGGUGAACGGCACAAAAAGGCCAAAGGCUCAAAGCGAGUCAACGCCAUGCUAGCCUCAAUCGUAGCAGCGUUCACGCUGUGUUGGUUGCCACUAAAUUUGUUCAAUACAGUUUUCGACUGGAACCACGAGGCAAUGCCAAUGUGCCUGCAUGACACUAUUUUCUCAGCUUGCCACCUCACUGCCAUGGCGUCAACAUGCGUUAACCCUGUGAUCUAUGGGUUCCUGAACAAUAACUUCCAGAAGGAACUGAAAUCGCUGCUUUAUGGAUGCCGUUGCUGGGGACCGUCUGAGAGUUACGAGAGCUUCUCGCUGUCCACUGUCAGCACGGACGUUACAAAGGCGUCCGUCCUGAGUACCGGCUCAGUCUGCAUCAGUGCCUAUCAGCCACACAAGAAAAACAGUUUCGAACAGAAAGACAUUGUUUAAACAGUGUCCAGUGUCUUGAGAUUUGUUAAAAUUUCACUUAGCAUUUAAAAUCACUGGAUAACACUACCAAAAUCCUGUUUUUGCAUUAUGUUGAUUUGUCACAAGAUGUUCUGAAAUUCUUCAACACAUCAAGAAAAGGUUUAUUCUAGCUGGGCUUAAAAACAAUUUUCAGUAAAUGUUUUAACCACUGCAUUCUUAAAAAUGAAGGUGCGUCAAGAAACAAAUGGUUCUUAUAAGAACCUCUGAGUGAAUGGUUCUUUGGGAAUCCAAAGAUGGUUCUUUUAUAAUAGGGUCUUUCACAUCGGAUGAUUUUUUUCAUAGUUAACUAUUGGUGCAACUAAUCCAGAAAAAAGAACCUACCAGUGAUACAAGUGUAUGUUGACUGGCUAAACGCAUGCCACACAACAUUAUUUUGAAGAGUUACAAGACAUAAAUGUACAAAAAGCUGAUGUUAUCUGCAUUUACCUGUCGUCUUUGCGGCCUCUGUGAUACGUAACACUUCAAACUAUCAUUGGAGAUUUUGGCUCUGAGUCCUUCUUAUUUCUAGUUUCGAUAACUUCGUUCCUGUAACAACCCGGUGUGAAAGCUGCCUACACUUUUUUUUAUGAGUGUGCAUAAAUGGAGACUGAUUGACUUUGUUAAAUUUAACAUGUUGGUCUAUAGAGAUCUCUAUAUUGAUGUUCUGAAUGCAAUUUACCCUAUUCUUUCUGGGAUAUGCUAAAACAUGUAAUAACAAAAUGAACAGAGUCCUCUUAUUGUUAUCAUGGUUCAGAUAAAGGCAUGUGUAAAAAUAAUUAAUUUAGUAAUGAAUCAAUGUCCACAAAAAUGUACUUUUGUUGUACAUUAAAGUACGGCAGAACAAGCAUUGUGUGUAUAAUAUGUAGAUUUAUAAUAUGGUUACUGUACAUUAAAAAUUGUAGUUACCAGUAUCUGGACUGUAUACGCAUUAGAUUCUGUCAUUGACUGUGAUCAGAAUGUCUGCAUUUUAAACUAAUAAGUAUGCUACAACAUACACAUUUUGUUGAUUUGUUGAUUUGUUUUUAGUGUGAUUUGUUCAGAACAUCAAUUUAUAGAAACAGUAUUUUAACACUUUAUUUGGCAGGUAUUCAAGUUAAUAACAUAUUUAAACUACAUUCUGAAUUCACACUGUCACAUGACUGUGGUUUCAAUCAUAAACAUUGUGCAUGUUAUAAGUAGUAUUUGUAAUAUAUGUAUAUUUAAGUGUGUGGUCAAAGCAUCAUGAUAUCACUACUGAUAAGUAUAUUAACAUUGAAGCACCCUACAGAUAUCUAUUAACAAAAAGUAUGAAAUAUUCAUGUUAUUUGAAGUUAUGAUCUAGUAUCCUGGUCACAGUUGUAGUAUUUACUAUAUAGAAGUAAAUUGACACUUAGCGUGCACUACUGCUACAUUAAUCAUUAUUGUUAUGAAUUAUGCUAUUCUUAUUUUUUUUCUAUAAAAAUUCUGAUGGUUAUCAAUCAAAUUAGGAAUACAUUUUUAUUCGCAUUUGAAACAAUGUAAACAAAUAAAUCAGGCAAUUCAAUGGCACAAAAAAGUGAUUUUCCCGCAGUUGUGGUCUUUACCGGUCUUGAGAUGCAACCCCUUGUCCUCUUCAUUUAAAACCAAGACAAAAUUGAGCAAAAAUGCAAUCAAGAGUGAGAUGGGGGAAAAAAAUGAAAGACCUUGAGAUGUGUUGCUUUGCUGAAAUGCACCACAUUGAUUUUAGGGUCUGAAUUAGUCUGGCUUUAAAUAGACAUUUAUGCAAAACUAGGAUGAAUGUUCCAAACAGGUUGGAGUUUCUACAGAAUAAAAGGCAUGAACAUGUUGCCUUAAAACAUUGCUACCAUGAAAAGCUCUUACGCAUUUACAACGACGUUUAUGGCGUUAUGGUAAGUUUCAAGCUCCAACUCAUUAGUUCCCUUUCUGUCGGUCUCUCGACGUUGUGUCGAACUGACAGAUUGGGAUUUGUCUUGAGAACCUAUCAUCUUCUGAGUAUUUUGAAAAGGACUCCUCCCCGGAUGUCCGGGUAUAAAAGGAAGCCGGCGUGCUCAUUCAUUCACCUUUUGUUCUUCAGAGCUUACGCAUCUGAUGAGCUACACAGCGAUCUUUGGUGAUCAACAUUCUGCUGGAAUUUACGACGUGGUGCAGCGGAUGGUCCCUUCCUGCAGUGACUCUCCCCUGGGCGUCUCGGCAGUUCCGGAAGUGUCUGAGCAAAUUUCCUUUCUAAAAGAGAAAAUUUCUCCAGCGUGGCAUGGCCCGCUGUUCUCGUGGGUGCAACGCGCUCAUUGAGGAAGGAGACGGACACGAUGUCUGCCUCAGGUGUUUGGGUCUCCGGCACGCUGAGGCAGCCUUUGUGGAUACGUCCUGCCCGUCCUGCUCUAUCUCGGGCGACUAAGGUGACGGCGCGGGCCCUGGGUCGGCGAUGUCCACCAUGGUGGUCCAAGAGAGGCACCUCUGGCUCAACCUUGCGCAGAUGCGGGACGCCGAGAAGGUUCGCUUUCUUGACACCCCAUCUCGCAGGGUGGGCUGUUUGAUGACACCGUCGAAGAUUUCUCCCAGCAGUUCUCGAUGGUGAAGAAGCAGACGGAGGACAUCAAACACAUCUUUCCCAGCCGCGACUCGGCCGCCUUCAGGCCUUCGAGAUCCCGAGCGGCGUCUGCUUCCCAGCAUCCCCGGCCCUCUUCGACACCGGCUCCGGCUCCAGCACCCCCUACCCAGGCAGCCUCCCGGAAAAGGACGUCGAAGAGGAAACCGCCUCCCCGUCAGCAGCCGUCGCGGAAGCAGAAGCGGCCCUGACGGGGAGACCCCAGGGAGAUCGAGGCUACCAUCGGGCCCGACCCCAGCCACUCCACUGCUGGGGGGUCGGAUAGGGACGGUUCCUGCCCCGUCUCACCAGCUGCUGGCCCCCCCGGUGCCCA